CCAGUUAUAUGGAUUACAAUUAAAUCAACUUGUGAAGCUGUAACGUAUCGUCUAAUGAUUCCUUGGUUAAUCUUAGCUUAUUACUACGAUUUUGAUUGUGAGGAUUUUUUUGAUCUUUUUGAUUAAUUGUGAGUAAAUCAAGUUGGUUAACUAACUAUGGCUACGUCAGGUAAGGGAAAGGUAGCAAUUAUUGGAAGUGGGCUGAUUGGUCAAAGUUGGGCUAUGAUCUUUGUCUCCGCUGGUUAUAAGGUUCAAUUGUAUGACAAUCAACCGGAGAAAGUUAUUGGAGCUGUUAAAUCACUUGAUGAACAAUUAAACAAUUUAGAGUCAAAGGGUAUCCUUCGUGGCCAAUUAUCGGCUCAACAGCAAUCAAAUUUAAUUAGUGGAGCAACAUCACUUUCUGAUUGUCUCCAAAAUGCUUUUUGGGUUCAGGAAUGUGUCUUCGAAGAUGUCGAUUUGAAACGAGAUAUUUUCACUCAAUUGGAUAACCUUGUCUCCGAUGAGGCGAUCCUUGCAAGUUCCACUUCGUUCAUUCCUCCCUCAAAGUUCAUGGAAAAUCUGAAACAUCGUGGUAAUGCUUUGGUCAACCAUCCAGUUAAUCCUCCCUAUUUUGCUCCGUUGACCGAAUUGGUACCGUCUCCAUGGACCAAACCAGAGAUUGUCUCUCGUGCAAAGAAAAUCUUAUUCGAUGUCGGAUCAAGGCCGAUUGUGGUCAAAAAAGAGGUUCCAGGCUUUAUUAUCAAUCGAAUACAAGAUGCCAUUUUCGCCGAAGCUUAUAACCUGAUUGACGAUGAUGUUAUCGAUGUCGACGAUUUAGAUGCCGUCAUGUCCGAAGGUCUUGGAAUGAGAUAUGCGUUCAUGGGUCCAUGGGAAACGGCUCAUCUUAAUGCCAACGGGAUGGUUGAGUAUUUUGAGAAAUAUGCUCAAGGAAUUCAUGAUGUUCAAUCAUCAUUCAAACCAAUUCAAAAGAUGGAAGGACCAACGGCCAAGAAGAUAAUCGAUGCCAUGUUAACCAAAGUUCCAAUGAACCAAUUGGCCGCUCGACGAAAGUGGAGAGACGAGAUGAUGAUCAAAUUAUCUCAAAUUAAGAAAGGAAAACAAUAGAUUCCAAUUAAAAUGAUAAUCUCUUGAAAGAAAAUUAAUCUUAUCAAUUCCAAUUGGUAAACAUGAUUUGUUAGAUUAACGAUUAUCUCAAAAUAUUGUCUCAAUUAAGAAAACAAUUAAAACGAAAGUCAAAUGAAA